ACGUCCCUCUGGACUCUGCGCACUCAUGUCCCGUUCACCUCCACUGAUCCGCGGUCCGGUUCGGUCCGUGCAGAACGGUCUGGACAGUGAGGAGGAGGGGGAGGGGGACCUGGACGACGAGCUGGACGCGUCCCACCUGGAGCGGUUCAUGAGGGACCGGAGGAGAGCCCGGUCCCUGCCGGCCUACCCGGCCGCGCUCCUGGACCCGGACUCGGGCAGGAAGCGGGUAAAGUUCGCGGACUCCAUGGGUCUGACCCUGACCAGCGUGAAACACUUCAGCUCCCAAGAGGAGCCGCAGAUCCCCACCAAGGUCCUGUCCCGGUACAAGAGCUUUCCCCCGCAGCAGGACGUCCUGGGGGACCUGUGUCAGAACUUCAGGUCCAGUCUGGACAUGGACCGGCUGGUGGCCUGCUUCCCGGAGCUCCGGGACGCGGACCGCAGGGUCCAGGAGCUGCGGGUCUGCCUGGAGCAGGUCUCCAUUACGCAGUUCGAGGUUCGGGGGCAGAUCCGGGUCCGGAGAGGCUGCAAGGUCCGGGAGGUCGGGAUCCGGUACACCUUUAACGACUGGCUUUCGCACGUGGACGCGCAAGCCCUGCCGGUGUCGCCGGUGGAAGAGCCGGGAUCCGAGGCUCGGUUCUCCUUCACCGUGUACACCCCACCGUUCAUGGACCCGAGUUCGGCCGUCCACUUCGCCGUUUUCCUGCGGAGCGACCAGGGCGAGUUCUGGGACAACAACCUGGGUCAGAACUACACGCUCCGGUACCGGAGCAUGCCGGACCACGGCUUCGUCAGCUCCGUUCUCCACGCCACCUGAACCCGAAGGACCGGUCCACCAGAGACACCGAACCCGUCAGUGGCUGUAAACUGACCAGAACAAACAUCUGGGUCAGCUUCUGAUCCGAACCCCUACAGCAGGAUGUUCUGCUGGAUCAGUUAAUCCACAAAUGUAGAAAAAUAAUCAAAUCCUAAAGGUUUUUAUCACUUUUUAAUGAUUAAAGUCUCUACAGCGAGUCAGGGGGGACAAAAAGUUUCUUUAGAAUCCAACAUGGCCGCCUCGCGCUAUUAGCUCCCAGCCAGUAAUUAAAUGGACGAUGAACCUCACAUGAGCGAAAGUGGAAUCAAACCUGUAGCUCAAUAAAUGUUUAAGGGAUUUUCAGUCGUGUUUUUCUGCUUCUGUGUGAAAGUUACAAAUAAAUCAGUUCUAGAUAAUUUCUUAGAGCCAACGAGACAACAGCUAAUCCUAGCUAGCCGCUAUUUAAGCUAAUGGGUAGUCCAAGCUAACAGCUAAUCCUAGAUAGCAGCUAUUUAAGCUAAUGGGUAGUCCAAGAUAACAGCUAAUUCUAGCUAGCUAAUGGAUCGUCUGAAUGAAGACCAAAGUGUUGCUGCUGUAUUAAAUCAGCUCUAACUUCCUAAAA